GUUCCGACUUCUCCUCCUCUUCUUUUCUCCCCUUCCUUCUUCUUCAACAACUUUGUUCAAUCGUCGUCGUCCUUGCUGUGCGUUGCAGGACCGUGUGUUGUCACUCGCUCUCUACCUACCUUCGUUAUCAUCCUUCCAGUCACUCUCUAAUAUUGUCCCCCCCUUGGAAUUCCAGCUUGCAUUCACUCAGCUGUUAUUAUCCGUCCUAUCGUUAAUCCCGCUCACUAUCCCGUCUACCACCCGCCCGCCCACCACCAAACCCCCCCUCACCCGAAAUACCAAACCCAAAAAUAACCACGACAACCAGAAACAAGUGCAUUCUUUACGACUUUCCACGACGGCCUGCAAAGAGAAGACUUAAUCCCUUACACGUCCUCUCGUUAAUAAUUGCGUCGAAUACCGCUCCCUGACCGCCGAAACGAACCACUUUCUUUCCAGCAGAGCCCACUCUAAAAACGGACAUAUUUGCAGUAAUAUUAACCAAGCCCUCUUACGAUCGAUCCGCAAGAUGCCUUCCAUCCAGAACCUCAUUACCCGGGACGCCUCCUCCGGUAUUGUCCGCCGCGACGACGAUGGCAGCGACAUGCUCAACCUCAUGAUCGUGGUCCUCGCCCUGGUCUUCUUCGCCCUUCUCCUCGUUUCCACACUCUUCCUCAUGCGCCGCAUCCGCAAACAACAACGGCAAGAAGCGAUGCUUCCCACCUACCGAGAGGUCAAGGGUGGCGGCGCCCGCAACCACCACAACCUCACCAUCCAGACAAGUCAGGACGGCCGCUCAAGCGUCCUGUACAUCGGCCAGGACGGACGUUCGCCGAUGCUCCAGAACCCCCAGUCCGCCCCUCACUCUCCCGACAACGUUCCCGAGAUCCACAUCACCUUCCCUGACGAGCAGGACGAGGGCGGUCGCCGCAAGAGCGGCCGUGUGCUCGUCGUCCGCGUCGGCGACGGCGGCUCCGUCGGCCUCGAGCCCGUUCGCGACGAGCAGCUUCCGGCCUACGAGAAGGACAGCAAGUCGCAGUUCUACUCUGUCGACAUGGACUCGAUCGGCGGCCUGCGGGAGAAGGAGCGCUUCAACUAAGCAACACACCAGUUCAAUCGUCCACGUGGUCCUUCCCACGCUGCCCGGACAACAAAACCAAGCUGUACAGAUCGUCACCCGCUGUACAAACAAAUCACUCAGCGUUUUUCUCGACAUGGCAUGGCGUUCGACGACACACUUCUAUACCCUGCGCACCGAUGACUUUGAUCAAUGCAUGAUCCGCAAACGGAGGAUCGGCCAGUGUUCUGUGGAGUUAUCGCGCGUCGCGACACAUUAGGAUAUGGCUCGGGCGCAACAAUUACGUACAUAAACUAACGACUACCCCGGGAAGCCUGUCCCGCGGUGUGAACGACGACAGGAUUCACCGUGUGGUGAAGGCGGAAUGCCGGGUUGUAGAAUAUUUGUAUAUUCUAAUGCUGUAUAAUUUCCUUCGUCCUCACUACAAUUGACCAUAGCCGGGGAACUCUGGCUUCCCAC